AUGCCUUACGGAGCCGCAUGUCCAAAGCAACACUUUUCCCUGUCAUUACGUCAUUUCCCUUUUAUACCACGUCGCGGUUCGCGGCCAAUUUGCACUAGCACUUUUUGGCCAAAGUUAUACCUCGCUAUUACGAUUAAAAACGAGGCAAUAAUGCCGUUAAGCAAAGGAUUGCCCGUAAAAACCUUUAAGCUUACCCCUAAAUCGCCGCUUACCACUUCUAUCGCCGGUUUAAAUUCUUUUUCGAAAAGCCGUAACAGCCCUUAUAUCCACGGCUUAUUUUGGGUAACCAGCGCUCCCAACGUUACUUUAAUAAAGGCAAAGGGAAGCAAAAAGCACUUUACAAAGUUUUGGGGCAUGCACGUUACCGCCGAAAAUAUAAAGCCUGGCCGUACCUUACCGUUUAACGAGAACAAUCCUUUAAACUACUUAACAUACGACGGUGCCCGCCCCAACAAUAAGCGUAUAAAUCAAUAUAUACGCGGCGUAACCCUGGCGUGGACGGCUAAUACGAAUGCAAACCUUUGCAUUUCGUUUAAAGGUAUGCUUAAUUAUAUCGCUAAAUACGUUUUUAAAGCGGAAAUACAAACGCUCCCUUUUAAAAAGAUUAUAAAAGGCGUUAUUCCCAAAAUUUCGCACACUUGGCUUUUAAUGUUCUUCGUUGCCAAAAUAAUAAAUAAGCUGGUAGCCGAACGAAAUUGGCUUGUUAUAAAAGUUUAUUAUUACCAAUUCGGCCUUUCUUUAAUCCAAUGCAAUUACGUUUUCCAAUUGGUUAAUUGCCGUUUUUUCGUUUUUAACCAAAACGCCGCCAUAAUUAGCGCUAAUUACAAUAAGGUUAUUGCUAUCCGCAAAUUAUACCAAAAGUACAAGCGUAUCGAUUCGGAUAAUAACCCCGAGCGAAAGGAUUAUUGCAAGCAUACGAAUAUUGCCGGGCCAAUUGCUUUGCUUACAACGAGGAUAAUUAUAUUCGCAUCGACGAAAAUAAAGUUAAAAACGUUAACGAUAAAUUCAAAAAUAACCCCGAAGCCGCCAAUAACCCGGCGGAUUUUAUACGCGCCGAUUGGGCUUAUUUCGUUGCCGAACUCCUUUUCCAAAGUCCUAAGGUUAAAAAUAUUAAAAUAUUCGGCAACCGAAAUUUUAACCUGGCAAAGGAUUGGUUGCUUUACGUUGGCCGCUAUGCAAAUCUUUUUCCUUAGCGUUGGUCUUAUUGGAAAAAACUCCGGCAAGUAUUGGCCGUCGAUUUUAACCGGUACUUUCCUACCCGCCGUCGUUAACGUAAGCAUUAAUUGCUCCUUUAAAUUAAUGGACGUGGAAGCACGGGCAAAACUUUUGUUUUUAAUUUUAUUUGCUUUAGUUUCCGCGCUUUUAAUAUUGCUCGUAGCAUCGACCGAAAUAUUAUUAAGCGUACAGCACCGACUGGCGUAA